GUGACAUCAUUUUAUUUUCAUAGUAGUGACAGUCACAAUGUCUGCUCACGGUUGACUUAUUGAGGAACGGCACAGUGGGAGACUCCUUUCUAAGCAACUCAAGUGUGCGGUGAUUCAGUUCAGGCCUUCAGAAGAGACAGCCUCAUACCUUAAUGAGUGACUCAGAAUCAGCAGAAAGUUUCUCUGAUGAUCAGGACUUUGGUGAUCCGAGGAUGUAUGACCCAGAUUUCCAGGGACCCACUGCCGACAGGAGUUGUACGGACGUUCUGUGCUGCAUGAUCUUCAUACUGUUUGUUGUGGGCUACAUUCUGUUAGGACUCCUGGCUUGGACACACGGUGACCCCAGGAGAGUGGCCUAUCCUACAGACAGCCAGGGACACUUUUGUGGCCAGAAGGGAACCCCCAAUGAGAACAAGACCGUUUUGUUUUACUUUAACCUGUUCAGGUGUACCAGCUCCUCCGUGAUGUUCAGGCUCCAGUGCCCUACUACACAGAUCUGUGUCUCCAGGUGCCCAGAGAAAUUUCUAACUUACGUGGAAAUGCAGUUUUUGAACAAAGAAGACAAAAGCCACUGGGAAUACUAUCGCCAGUUCUGCAAGGCCACGGCCAGGCCUGCAAAGUCUCUCUCAGAUCUUCUGACCCACGGCGACUGUCCCCCAGCAGUCUACCCAAGCAGACCCUUCCUGCAGAGAUGCUUGCCUGACUUCUCGACCAUCAACGGAGUCUUAACAGUAGGAAGCAGGAUGCAGAUUGAAGACGGAACUGGGAGGACCAGAAAUAUCGUAGAGCUCAGGGAGGCUGCAAUGGGCAUCAGUAAAAUCUUUGAUGCCAGGACAAUCGGACUGAAGGUGUUUGAAGACUACGCAACCUCAUGGAAAUGGAUCCUCAUUGGCCUGACCAUCGCUAUGGCACUGAGCUGGAGUUUUCUGAUACUCCUGAGGUUCAUAGCUGGAUUCCUCUUCUGGGUCUUCAUGUUUGGCGUGCUUGGAAUUAUAGGAUAUGGCAUAUGGUACUGUUAUCAAGAGUACUAUGGCCUCGAGCAGAAACCACAGUCCACCAUCCUGAUAUACGACAUCGGAGUUCAGAGCAGCAUAAACAUGUUCUUUCAGCUGAAGCAGACAUGGUUCUCAAUGAUGAUCGUCUUGUCCGUCAUCGAGGCUGUCCUCAUCAUCGUGCUGAUCUUCCUCAGGAGCCGAAUCCGAGUAGCCAUCGUCAUGCUGAAGGAAGGAAGCAAGGCCAUCGGCUACAUCCCCAGCACGCUGAUGUACCCGAUUUUAACUUUCAUCUUGCUGUCCAUCUGCAUCUCCUACUGGGCGGUGACAGCCGUUUUCUUGGCUACAUCAGGAGUACCAAUAUUCAAAGUUAUGGUCCCAGAGGGGAAAUGUAUCUAUGAAGAUGAAACUUGUGACCCAGAUAUUUUCCCUGAAACUAACAUUCCCAAAGUUUGCCCCGGGGCAUCCUGCAACUUCGCUUCCUACAGUGGAAAUAAUGAGUAUCACAAUUACAUCAUGACCUUCCAGAUGUACAACCUCUUUGCCUUCCUCUGGCUUAUAAACUUUGUCAUUGCGUUGGGUCAGUGCACCCUCGCGGGGGCCUUUGCUUCAUACUACUGGGCCAUGAGGAAACCCCAGGACAUCCCGAAAUACCCGCUCUUCAUUGCCUUCGGACGAGCGGUGCGAUACCACACGGGGUCCCUGGCCUUCGGAUCAUUGAUCCUCGCAUCAGUCCAGAUGUUCAAAGUGAUCUUAGAGUACCUGGACAGGCGGCUGAAAAAGGCGCAGAACAGCGUUUCCAAGUUCCUCCAGUGCUGCCUGCGGUGCUGUUUCUGGUGUUUGGAAAAGAUGGUGAAGUUUUUAAACAGAAAUGCCUAUAUCAUGAUCGCAUUAUAUGGCAAAAAUUUCUGUGAGUCAACAAAAGAUGCUUUCUAUCUGCUCAUGAGAAACAUUUUGAAAGUCGCAGUUACAGAUGAAGUCACACACUUUGUAUUACUCCUGGGGAAAAUUCUAGUGACUGGGAUUGUAGGUAUCCUGGCCUUCCUACUCUUCACAGAGAGGCUGGAAAGGAUUGUAGAAGGGCCAACAACUUUAAAUUACUACUGGGUACCUUUCCUGACUCUGGUGGUGGGAUCUUACCUGAUUGCUCAUGGGUGCUUCAGCGUCUACUCAAUGUGUGUUGAGACCAUUUUCGUCUGCUUCUUGGAAGACUUAGAAAGAAAUGAAGGCUCUCCUUCCAGACCCUAUUUCGUGACUCCGACCCUAAUGAAACUUUUGAUGGAGCGCAAAACCGAUAAGAAGCAUUAGGAGAGCCAGCUGGGCAAGCCGCCACCUGCGUCGCCUCCUGCUCCGCUGGGUCCGUCUGACACUCCCUGCACAGUGCUCCGGUCGGGGACAUCCAUAUCCACGGCCUUGCUGCUUGCGUUCUCAUCUUAUACCAAAGCCCACACUGUAACCUGUGAAGCCAUCAGAAGCUGCAAGGGGAUUGUUAAUAACAUACAACAUUUUUAUACUAAGAUCUUUCGUUUUGUAUUUUUUUAACAUAAAGAGGCUUGGAUGUUUGGAAAAAUAUAUUAGGUACAUUCAUAUUUGUUUCAGUAUUAACUUAAUACAUGAUUUAAAUCACUAAUAAUUUUUUUAAGAUGACAACUAAAAAGACUUCUGCAGGGAAAAAUUGAUAAUUAAAGCAAGAUAAAUGUUUUUAGGUCCCUUCCCCACUCCUGUUUGACAGUCAACCAAUUAAGCAGACCACCUGCCUCCGUUUUUUGCCCAAGUAGAGGAUGCUCCCUGUGAGAGCUGCCAGUCAGCCACCCGCCCUAACCACCCAGUUCUCUCGCAAGUGCCUUCCUGGCUGGUCAGUACUUCCCGGAUCUUGUGGGCAAGUGUACAGACCUUGUUCGAAGAAAUCAGACCCUGCAGUGUCAAGCGAUGAAAGGUCUUCUCACGUUUUCAGCUUGUUUUCUUCUGUUUUGUUUCCAUCUCGCUCACCGACUGGAUACCUCUGGUCAUUUCACUCCUGAUAUUCCUCACUUCCAGAGGAGCACAUUGUGUGUGUGACUCCAACAAUUCCCCUUGCGCCUUGUGGACAUUCACAAAUGUGUGCUACACGCAAGCAAAACAACCCGGGAGAAAAUCUGUUGGCUUUGUCUUUGUUUUUAACUGAAGGAAGUUUUAAAGUAAAAUCUUUUCUAUAGUAGUUCCUUAAAAAUACGGUAGGUCGGCCCCUACACAUCUAGUGUCUUACCCGUCCCCAAGGGGAUGCUUGCCCCUCAGAGUGUGGUAAUAAGGGGCAUGCCCGGUGCUGACGACCUCCGUUACACUUGACUCUUCCGUGGGAGCCUGUUUUGUAUAUGUCAUUCCACUUUUUAUGAGACAACCUGUUUACCUGUCGCUUUUUUUACUGUGCCAAUAGAAGUCUUUGAUUCAGUUUUAAAUAAUGUUCUGAGGAGUGCUAAGGUUUAGGAGAACCAGCUCCAUUUAACCCAACUCAGACUUACAGCGGGUCAGCCGCAUGGUGGACAUUAGUGAGUCAGUCAGUAAUAACUUAGUAUCGUUUAUCAAUGAUCUGUUUGUUGGAAGGUCACUUUAGAUACUUUUAUACCAAAAAGUUCCCACUAGCGCCUUGCGGUGUGGGCUCACCACCCCUCCCGCCCCACGCCUGGUGGUUUGGGCUCUCCCGAGCCCAUGGCGGCGUGGGUUAUAUAAUCACUGUGUCUCUGCUAUGCAGGAACACUCAAAGUGUAUGCUCUAAAAUACCUUUGGUAGCUAAAAUGGUUAAUAUUUAAUGAAAUUUGUUGUUGCUCAUUGUAUAUUUGGGUUUUUUCUUCUAAUAAAGAUUUCAAUACCAGACAGA